GCGGAAGGAGAGUACCGGAAACGGUGUUUGGUGGCGCACGCGAUGGCCGAACCUGUGUCUGUUGCGGCUGAAUAUCUCGCGGGCAGCAGGGCGCGCGCUGCACGCACAGUACUAGGUCAGGUGGUGCUGCCGGGUGAGGAGCUGCUCCUGCCGGAACAGGAGGACGCGGAAGGCCCUGGCGGUGGCGGGGAGCGACCGUUGAGCCUGAAUGCUGGAGCGCGCUCGCGGGUGCGCGUUGUAUGCGGCCCGGGCUUGCGGCGCUGUGGGGACCGCCUGCUGGUCACCAAGUGCGGCCGCCUCCGUCACAAGGAGCCCAGCAGUGGCAGCGGCGGCGGUGUUUACUGGGUGGACUCUCAGCAGAAGCGGUAUGUUCCAGUGAAAGGAGACCAUGUGAUUGGCAUAGUGACAGCUAAAUCUGGAGAUAUAUUCAAAGUUGAUGUUGGAGGGAGUGAGCCAGCUUCUCUGUCUUACUUGUCAUUUGAAGGUGCAACUAAAAGAAACAGACCAAAUGUGCAGGUUGGAGAUCUCAUCUAUGGCCAAUUUGUGGUUGCUAAUAAAGACAUGGAACCAGAGAUGGUCUGUAUUGACAGCUGUGGACGAGCCAAUGGAAUGGGUGUCAUUGGACAGGAUGGUCUGCUUUUUAAAGUGACUCUGGGCUUAAUUAGAAAGCUAUUAGCUCCAGACUGUGAAAUCAUACAGGAAGUGGGAAAACUCUAUCCACUGGAGAUAGUAUUUGGAAUGAAUGGAAGAAUAUGGGUUAAGGCAAAAACCAUCCAGCAGACUUUAAUUUUGGCAAACAUUUUAGAAGCUUGUGAACACAUGACGUCAGAUCAAAGAAAACAGAUCUUCUCCAGAUUGGCAGAAAGUUGAUAUAGGUGGACUUUUUUACAGGUCAGUUGAUGCAAAAAACUAUGGGUUUCCUGGGGAAUACUUUUUUCACGUGAACCUCUCCCCAUUUAAAUACUCAGAAGAUAAGGUAUGAAUGUAUAUUAUCAGAGUCCUAAAAUAUUUUUAUAAGUAAGUUACUGGUUUUCACCCACGCUUUAGAGAGAAAAUCAUUGCAAAAUCAUAUUUUCUGUUUCUGUACAAUAAAGUUUACUAAAAAACAGUA